AUGUCCUCCAAGGAUGAAGAACUUGAGGAGAUGCUUAUGAGAUAUGAGAAUCUUGAGAAGCACAAUUAAGUAUUGCAAACUCAAAAUUUCAAUUUGAUGGAUCAAUUACAAAUUCUGUAACAAAAUGCUAAGUAAUUGGAAACAGAAAACAAUGAAUUGAUUGAUUAAAUUGAGAAUUUAAAGAAUGAUUUACGAACUCAAUUUUAGCUUAGUCAAAGUUUGAGAUAAGAGAAUGAAUUCUUUGAAAAUUAAUUGCAAGAUUAUAGAAAGGAAUUGGAAUAAGGAGGCCAAUACUAUCAUAAAUUACUAGAAGACAAUGACUAAUUUAAAACACAUCUCUAGCAAAAAAACUAAUAAAUUGAAUAUUUGACUCAAGAAAAUAAUAUGUAUAAAGAUUAAAUGCUUCAAUUAUAAGAGGAAAAUGAUUUGAUUACAUAAGAAAUAAGUAAUUUGCAGGAUUUGCUGAAUCAGAAUGAACUCUAUCAUCAAGAUCCUAUAAAUCUCUAAAAUUCUGAUUAAAAGAAAAACAAAAAAUAAAGUAGAAGGUAAAUUAAAGAAUUAGAGAGAUUAGUAAUCAAAAGAGAAUAAGAAUUAAGUCACUUAUAUGGUAAAAUGGAGGAUAUGAAAAAUUAUAUUACACAAAUCAAACUUCAAUCUGAUAAAUAUGAAUAAAAUUUAUAACAACUAUAUAAAGAUUAUUAACAAAUGGAGGCAGAAAGAAAUAAGUAUGCUCACAAAAUUGAUUAAAUGCAAAAUUAUAAUGAGAGAUAUUCAACUCUAUAGUAAUAGUUAUAAAACUAGGAGAAGCAUAAAACUAAAGAAUAUCAUUCAUUAAAAAACUAGUAUGAUCAAUUAUAAAUGCAUAAUUUGUAGUAUUAAUAAUAGAUGUAAACUAUUAAUGAUGAAUAUGGAAAGUUAUCAUAAUAAUGUAUAGAUUUAUAAGAGUUAAAUGAGUAAUAUAUGCAAGAAUCCUAAAUCCUAAAAGAUUCCUUAAUUGAGAAAGAUCAGAAACUCGAAAGAAUGUAAUUACAACUUCAACAACUAUAAUAGAAAGAUCUUUAAAUCUAAUAAUAAAUGCGAGAAUAAAAUUAGCAGAUCAAAGAAUUUUAAAAUAAUAAAUAAGAAUUUUAAAGUUAAAUAAUAUAAUUGUAAAGAGACAAUUAACAAUUUUGUAAUUAGAUAAAUAUUGUGAAAGAAUAAUAAUCCAAAGAACUUAAGGAACAUCUCAAUAUAUAGGAGCAAUCAAAAAAGGAAAAGCAAACAUUAAUAGAUAGAAUCAAAAUGCAAGAUGAAAAAAUAUAGGAAAUGGAAAUCAAGUAUAAGAACAUUGAAAUACAUUUGAAAUAAGUAGAAGAAGAAAGAUUGUAUAGAGUUUAAGCCGAAUAGUAUUAUUUUAUAUAUUUUAGAUCUUUUGAGGAAGUCUCACAAUAAUGUAUGUAAUUAUAAGAUUAAAAUAGAGAUCUACUUAGAUAAGUAGCUAAUCUUGAGAAUGAAUUAUAAAGAUGUGAAGAUGAGUUAAAGCAACUCAAAAAACCUAAUAAAAAUUCUUAGAAUUUCGAUAAAACUACCUAGUAAUUGAUUCUAAAAGAUAGGGAAAUCUUACAUCUCUAAUCAGUCGUCGAGAGAUUGGAGGGUAUGAAUAGACAGCUGCAAUAAGAAUGUGAUAGAUUGGCUGCUAAAAUUUAAUUAACAUCACAUGAAAAUUCAUUAUUGAGUAAGACCAAUAGAGAAAUUAAUUAAAUGGGUCGUUUAAUUUUAGAAGGUUAAUAGAUAAAAGAAAUGUUAGAAAAGAAAAAAUAUGAAAAACCAUUAACUAUUACUAAUAAUAAAGCACCUUAAGUGAUUCAAUAAUUAUAAUAACAUAGCAGAAGACCUUCUGUUAAGAAAUCUUGA